AGGAGGAGGGUUCAGACGAGAGCACAGCCCCUCUACCAGAGCCACAAGACAAGCUGACCCGCUGCUGACAUUCAGUCACACGCGCUCCAGAUUGCCUCACACGCGCUGCUGAAAAAGACAAGAACCGACGGUGACACAACCAACCGAGGGAAAAGAAGGAGAAGCGCUGCUGAAAAAGACAGGAACCGACGGUGACACGACCAACCGAGGGAAAAGAAGGAGAAACUGAAUCUACCUCAGAGGUGCUACUCUAAACGGCCCUGGUGAGAUGGAGAAGAGAGAAGCAGUCGGGGAUAUUACAUUGACCUAAACUUGUUUUAUAUGUGCCGAAUGCAAAGCUUUAUGCAAACAAGCACAAGGAGAUACCAGGGGGGGAAAAAUAACACCAGGACUGAGGACUUCAAAGAGAACGUGGAGGAAAUACGAGCAAACAUCUUUGUUUCUUUGCAACAUCUGGAGAGUCAUAUGAAUCUAAGACCGUUGUGUCCUUGCGUGGCAGUUCGACAGUUGCCACACAGCUGUCUUCUGGGGCCUCAAAGGCAGAAAUUAUGAAGAAAAACAAGAAGGUUCAAGCUGAGCAGGAAAACUCUCGGAUCUAAGAGUCCCCUUAAGUUUAAUACCACUUCGCUGGCCGGCAAGGGCCAACAGUCUGCUAGUCUCCAGCCUCACCACCCUGGAAACACUUCGCCGAGUCCGGACAUGUCUGCCGAGGUCAAUUUGGAGCGCCAGAAGAGGGACGACCUGGGAGCGUCGUCGUCCUCGUAUGCUCCGGCCUUUGCUCCACGUGUCCCCACGGUCACGCUGAUCAGCCACAGGGAGCUGUGGGAGAAGCACGCUUCUCACAGGCUCCAGCCUGGGAGUCUGGACCAAAAGCUGGUGGCCAGCAGUCGUUACAGAUGUUCUGAAGGUAGCAGAGCGCAGAAGACUGGAACGAUGCCAGAUUCACCUGCGGAUGUGAAAACCCAGCCCAGGUCCACCCCACCUACCAUGCCUCCUCCGCCCCCGGCUGUGAGCCAAGCAACAAGUCGCAACGCCUCCUUCACGCCGGCCGCCAGUAAAUCAAUGCUGAACGGGAGCAGCCACUCUCCUACCUCGCUAAACGGUGCUCCUUCGACUCCCAAUGGCUUCAGCAACGGGCCGGCCAUGUCCUCCACGGCCUCGUUGUCCAACCAACAGCUUCCGCCGGCGUGCGGCGCCCGGCAGCUCUGCAAACUAAAGCGCUUCCUGACCACGCUGCAGCAGUUCGGCAACGACAUAUCCCCCGAGAUCGGGGAGCGAGUGCGCAGCCUCGUGUUAGGACUGGUGAACUCCACUCUCACCAUUGAAGAGUUUCACUCCAAACUUCACGAGGCCACUAACUUCCCACUGAGGCCUUUUGUCAUUCCUUUCUUAAAGGCGAACCUGCCCCUGCUGCAGAGAGAAUUGCUCCACUGUGCCAGGCUGGCCAAACAGACUCCAGCUCAGUACCUGGCUCAGCACGAGCAGCUCCUCCUGGACGCCAACGCCAGCUCUCCCCUCGACUCCUCGGAGAUCAUGCUGGAGAUGAACGAGCACGGCAAGAGAAGGACUCCCGACAGGACCAAAGACAGCUCCGACAGAGACGGCUUGCACCCAGAGCACCUGGCCAAAAGGCCCUGCACCAUCAGCCCCAGCCAACGCUUCAGCCCCAGCACUGGACUCCCAGCACACCCGCCCCCCAACGGCCUACCGACCCACCCCCCCAACGGCCUGCCGCAUCCGCCCAACCCCCAAGUAGGACCCCAGCACUACCGCCUAGAGGACAUGGCCCUGGCGCACCAGUACAGGGACGCGUUCAGACACAGCGAGCACCGGGACUCUCGAGACAGGCACCGGCAGACAGCGGUGCACGGAGCUCGCCAAGAGGAGGUGAUUGAUCACCGUCUUACAGACCGAGAAUGGGCAGAAGAAUGGAAACACCUUGAUAAUCUCCUAAACUGCAUCAUGGACAUGGUGGAGAAGACGCGGCGCUCCCUGACGGUGCUGCGCCGCUGCCAGGAGGCCGACCGCGAGGAGAUGAAUCACUGGAUCCGCCGCUACAGCGAUGUAGAGGAGAUGAAAAAAGGUGGGAGCAACGGACAGCACUGCCUUCCUCCUCCUCCUACUCUUCCUCCUCCUCCUACUCCUCACCACAACUCCUCCUCCAACACAGCUAGCAGCAGCGAGUCACUGCCCAUAGGAACUCCCUCGGCUGCUGAAAGGCAGACAGGCAGACAUGCAGAGAUCCACAGAGACUUCUUGCACCGGCCUCCCUCAGGAUACCUGCCCGAAGAAAUCUGGAGGAAAGCCGGUACCACAAGCAUGCCGCUUUCCCCAGCUCUAAAGCACCUCCAAAACAAGCAGGAGGAGGCAGUGAACGAGGUGAAGAGGCAAGCCAUGUCGGAGCUGCAGAAAGCAGUGUCAGAUGCCGAGAGGAAGGCUCACGAGAUGAUCUCUGCUGAACGGUCCAAAAUGGAAAGGGCGCUGGCCGAGGCAAAGAGACAAGCAUCCGAAGACGCGCUAACGGUCAUCAACCAGCAAGAGGACUCCAGUGAGAGCUGCUGGAACUGCGGCAGGAAAGCCAGCGAGACGUGCAGUGGCUGCAACACCGCCCGCUACUGUGGCUCCUUCUGCCAACACAAAGACUGGGAGAAACACCACCACGUCUGUGGUCAGGGCCUGCAGGGGCUGCCCGGGGGCAGCAGCGUUCCCUUGGGCACCCCUUCCUCCACCUCCUCGGCGUCCUCCAGCGCUCCCCCCACCCACUCGGAGAGCACCCCUCCGGGGCCCCUCUCCCUCACGAGCCAGAGCAUCAUCGCGGGAGGUGCCGGCAGCGGCAGCGUCUCCGCCAGCCCCAAAGAGAGCAGUUCCAGCAGUGCCUCUCGCUCCACGACUCCAGCGACCCCCGCCCUACUGGAUGCCACCUCCCGCUGA